CUGUUUCUUCAAAACCUCCCCAAAAGACCAAAACCAUCACUUUUGGUGUCUCCUGGACUGUAAACAGCUCCUCAUUCCCUACAUAUCACCAUCUUUCCAACAACCAAGACCAUGAAGCAAAAGAUAGUGAUCAAGGUGACGGGGAAUGGACCGAAGUCACGCACCAAAGCCUUGCAGAUUGCAGUUGGGCUUUCAGGUGUUGAAUCUGCUGGUAUAGGAGGGCAAGAUAAGAGCCAGAUAGAGGUGGUGGGCGAUGGAGUUGAUGCAGUACAACUUACAAAUUUGCUGAGAAAGAAAGUAGGCUACGCAGAGUUAGCAAGUGUAGAAGCUGUGGGAGAAAAGAAAGAAGAGCCAGCAGUGCAGCCGGUUGUUUGGCCCGUGUAUGGUGGAGGCAUGCCUCAGACCUAUGUCUAUCCGAUUCACCCCCAUCAGGACCCUUCUUGCUCCAUCAUGUAAUUACCAAACA